UUUACAUUUUAUUGGUUGGUUUUAUGAAUUUCCAUUUACUAACCAAGAUUAUUUUAAUCCAGAGAUUAUUUGAAGACGUAGCUCUGGACACGAAUCAAUGUUGAUCUUCUAAGUAGUAAAUAAAACGUAAUAUUAAUGAAUAGCUCUCUACACAGCUGUAAGAAGACUGAACUGUCCAAAACUGUACGACACGCGACCAAAUAAUUUGCUUAAAAAUUCCAUCUGUCUUUACGACGCAGUCAUAAAAUGCAAGCAUAAAACAUGUUAUCAAAGUGCAUGGAAACUCAUUACCAAAGGAAAUCAAAAACUUGGAAUAAACAUUUAAGAUGAAACAAAAAUGGUUAUACGUAUUAACGUAGGUAUAAUUAGAACUGUUUUUAUUUCAAUAGUUGCGAACAAUGUUAUUAGGAUAGCAGCAACAGAUUUAUCCGCGGACGACGGUCAAUUAUUUAACAAUGAUGAAGAAGCUGUGGAUAGUCAAAACCAAUACAAUAAUGAACAGCCCAAAUUCAAAGUACAAGAAACCAUUAUAAAACAGAAAGAUGAUUAUGACAAUGAAGAAGAUAUUAAAGCUUUGUUAGAAGAGAAGUAUAAGUUUAAGAAUGAUGAGACGUCCACGAGGUUUAAGGUGACAAAAGAGGAGAGAGGAGAAUUUCCAGUUCUGGACUCGAAAAAACCCGAAUUCCAUAAGACCCUCAUGCGGCGAGAGAGCGAGUCAGACCAGUUCAACCAAACAUUCUUUCCUGAGAAUCACGAUGAACGCCACAUAGCUUGGGCAUUCCGGUCGUAUGCUGUGCGUCGUAUCGUGGGAGGCAUGGAGACCAGCGUCAGUAUGUACCCGUACAACGUGGCCAUCUCCAGGAAUGCUAAGCACUGGUGUGGAGGCUCCAUCAUUGAUGAGCAGUGGGUGCUCACUGCUGGGCACUGUUUGGAAUCAGCCUUUGAUGGCGACAAGAGAAAGCUGCAGCCGUUUAUCAUCAGAGCUGGCAGCUCCUUCCACAACCGUGGAGGAUACCAAGCACGGGUCAAUAAGGUGUUCUUCCCUCACGAAUAUGUGCCGGGAAAUGCAGACUACGACUACUCUUUACUUCGCUUAGACCGGCCCAUGCCCAUUGGACGGAACAUUGCAGUUCUGAAUCUGCCUUCCAAGGACUACAUGAUGAAAGAGAGUGACAUCCUCAUCGUCACAGGUUGGGGGAGUACAGAUGAAUCCGGUUACGGUCACAUUCCGGACCGGUUACGGUUCGUCCCGGUACCAGUGAUGCGGCUGGAGGACUGUCAGAAAUCGUACCGGUUCUACAUCACGCCGCGGAUGCUGUGUGCUGGAUACGCUACCGGAGGGAAAGAUGCUUGCAAUCACGACUCUGGUGGUCCGGCAGUGAGAGACGGUGUGCUCCUCGGCAUUGUCUCCUUCGGUGGCAAGCAGUGUGGUGACCCCCGCUCUCCAGGAGUCUACAGCCGAGUGUCCGAGAUCACAGAGUGGGUGGAAGACACCAUCACCAAUAACGAAGCCAACACAGUACCUGAACUGUUGCCGAAGAUACAGAAAGCUAGGCAAAGGGAGAAGGAAUUGCAGAAAUUCAAAGCAAGAGUGGAAGAUAAGAAAAACAAAAUCAAAACAUGGCUCCGUGAGACUCUCAAGUCGCCAACAUUCAUAGAACUAGCCAAAAAGAAACUCAAAGAAGCUGGUUUCCAUACGAGAAGGACGAAUGAUUAUGACACGUUAAAUGUGAGUAAUCUUGAUGAUAAAAUGAUAGAUGAAAUAAACCUUACAAAUAUGAUUAAUGAUAGAAUAAUAGACGAUGGUGACGGCUCUGAGUCGGAUAAAUUACUAAGAACAUUAGCUUUGCACGAAGUUAUGUUGAAUGAUAGGAGCACGGAGAUGUUUGCCCACAGGACAAAUCCAGAAGAUGACAGUGACAGUACGGAGAGCUUUAUAGCUUAUAUUAGUGGAAAUAGAUGAAUAAAUAUUGUAACAAA